AUGGUUCUCUCCAUCCAACCCCUGCGAGCUUCCCAAGCCAGCCGGAUUUGGUUCCCACUUCCCCCCUCCGCCCACCGCCUCAAAUGCUCAGGAAGUCCUCGCCGCUCUAUGCCCAAGCCAGCCUCAACUCGACAAGUUCUCGCACCGUCGGGCCCGCCUUGCACCACCCUGGGGACUCCCUUCGAUCCGUCUACAUGGGUACAAGAAUGGAGCUCUCCGACUCUACCAGGGGCACUUCAGUGGUUCAUGCACUUCUGGUUCCACCAGGCCUUUCCGUUCCGCACUUCAGUGGACCCCCCUCUCUGCCUCUUUUACCACGAGCCUAACGGCCCCGCACACUUUCUGGCUCUGCCCACGAGCCCAACGCCUUUGGACCACGGUCUUCCACAUCUGGUUCAAUGCGCCCAUCCACCAUCACCCGUCCGAUCACAUGGACUGCCUUCUCCACAGUGCGCAACCCCCCAUCGCACCCUGGACUCUCGCUUCACCCGACUGGAAAUCACAUGGUACUUCCAUCGACCACCUUACCUUUCAGGCUUGGCAACUAGUACGGGCUUUAGCGCUCCGUACGCUAUGGAACGACCGCUGUACCGCACUGAACAACAACUACCGACUACUGCCCCCGACAUCUUUCUUCCCCUCGCUCAUUCAGGCACAUUUCCACGCUUUGUCGUUCUAGCAUGCCCGACACAGACACCGUUUGCGCGCCGACACCUCCCUGCCUCUCGUCCAGCGAUGCACUCUUACCAUAGCCCACCCACCACAUCCACAGCACGGACAGACCCCAAUGCGCAAGGACGCCCGCAUGUACUGUAUGAGGCCUGCGGGGGAGCUGGCGCCAUUGCCACAUACACUGUGCACCACGUUUCCGGGUCCAUCGCCAACAACAUAACUGCAUACGACGGCGACAGCCAGAUUGUUCUCUGCCAAAUGUGUGGACUCUACCGCGUGCGACACGUCGGCCUUCAGGACGUCUACCGUCGCACGCGCUCGCUUGCCGUCGAGUUUCAGAUCCAUCGACCCCGCGAGGGCAACCAAGCCGCAAACUUCCUCUCCAAACGGGCUCCAGACGAAGCGAAGGAUAUCUCCGCCCUUCCAGGACCUUCCCUUACCCCUCUCACACCCGUUUGA